GUGACAGUGAGUGACAAUGGAACACCUGCUCUGUCUUCCACAACACGUGUAGUAGUUGCAGUAUCAGACGUAAAUGAUAAUGCACCAGUGUUUGAACAGAUGUACUACAAAGUCACAAUUCCGGAGUCUUCAAAUUUAGACGUGCCUUUGUUUCAGAAUGGCACAGAGGACCUUGAGCUUGCUGUUGAUACAUUUCUCGAAAACGGCACUUGGGAGAGUUUCGAUCCUGUCGGCUUAUCAGGAGAACCAAUAUUAAGGGUCCUUGCAUAUGAUCAAGACAUUGGCCCUAAUGGGGAACUGCAAUACAGCAUAAAGUCUGGUCGAGGCAUAGGGAAGUUCAAAAUCCAUCCAAGAACUGGUGUUGUUUACUCACAGCGUGGGUUCACAGCAGGACAAGAAUAUGAUCUAAGGAUUCGUGCUCAAGAUAACGGUCAGCCUCAGCAUAGCCACACCACUCGUGUAGCAGUUCAGGUGGCUGCAGUUCCUCAAGAGUCUCCUCACCCUCCCCAGAUAAAGCUCGCUAAUCAACAUGUUGAAAUCACGGAGAGUGAUCAGGCAGGAUAUCUUGUUGCACUUAUCCAAGCAUCUGAUGAGGAUGGAGACCUGCUGUGGUAUGACAUAGUAGGUGGAGAUGAACGAGAUGAAUUCUUCAUUGGGCGUGAUAAGGGAAAUGUGUUGCUGGCCAAGCAGCUAGAUUGGGAGAAGCAACAUGAAUACAACUUGACUGUCAGUGUGACAGAUGGAGUACAUACAGUAUACACUCAGUUGUAUGUAACAGUGAUCGACAUCAAUGACCACCGGCCAAACUUCUUACAGAAAGUGUAUAGUGUUGAGAUAUCAGAGAAUGUGGAUAAGGGAACUGAGAUUCUAAGACUGAUGGCCACUGAUGAGGAUGAGGACAGGAAGGUAUUCUACAGUCUCCAUGCAGCACGCAGCCCUGCGUCACUCUCCAUCUUUAAAAUUGACUCUGUUACUGGUGGUGUCUUCCUCAAUGAAAAGUUAGACAGGGAAACAAUUGAAGAACAUAUCCUGACAGUAAUGGUAAAAGAUCAGGGAACGCCAUCCAAACGAAAUUAUGCCCGUGUGGUUGUGACAGUCCAUGACCAUAAUGACCAUCCACCUGAGUUUACAAGUCCCAUUGUGCAGGGCAAAGUGUUUGAGACUUCACCUAUUGGUACUGCUGUAGUUCAGGUGUAUGCCAUUGAUAGAGAUCGUGGACAGAAUGCAAAGAUCUCGUACUCCAUAACUUCUGGUAAUGUUGGCAAUGUGUUCAGCAUUGACCCUGAAAUGGGCACAGUGAAUGUAGCGCGAGAGUUAGACUACAGUAUCAUGUCUGAGUAUACUCUUAUGGUGAAGGCUAUGGACAGUGGUUCUCCUGCUUUGUUUUCUACAAUCCAUGUGCAUAUAAUGGUUACAAUGGCUGAUAAUGCACCACCAAGAUUCAACAAACAAGAACAUGCAGCUGAGAUCUAUGAGAAUCAGCCAAUUGGUACCUAUGUGAAGCAUCUUGAAGCACGCAGUACAUCAUCUUUAUUUUUUGAAAUAAUAGAUGGGAACAAGGAUGAUAUGUUUUUCAUUAACCCAAGCACUGGAGUUAUUAUCACCAAACGUCAAUUAGAUUAUGAACUGAAUAAAUUCUACAAUCUUUCUGUAGAAGCUACCAAUAUGGCUGGAGCAAAGGCUCGGUGCGGUGUGAUUGUCCAUGUACUGGAUCGCAAUGACAAUGCACCACACUUCACACAGGCUGUUUACUCAGGUUCUGUGAGUGAGGCAGCUGCUAUAGGUUCCCUAGUAUUAACCAAUACAAGUGCUCCGCUUGUUAUCACAGCCCGUGAUCUAGAUUCAGAACUAAAUGCCUUGCUCAGCUAUGAUAUUAUGGAGGCCCUUCCUCGGAAGUUCUUCCAUAUUGACUCCAGCACAGGAGCCAUUCGUACUGUGAUGACUUUGGAUCAUGAGCAGAUAUCUGAAUUCCAUUUCCACGUGAAAGUAUCAGACCUUGGGAAACCAAGGUUAUCAUCAGAGACAGUGGCAAAAGUUGAGAUUUCAGUAACAGAUGUCAAUGACUGUGCACCGCGCUUCGUUCAUUCAGUUUAUAAUACCACUCUUCUCCUGCCAACAUAUAAGCAUGUUGCUAUUUUACAGGUGAAUGCCACUGACCCCGAUACAUCUGUUGGCACAGCACUGCGUUAUGACAUAAUUGAUGGAAAUGCAGGAAAUGUGUUUGCCAUUGAUGCCAGCACAGGAGUAAUCACAGUUAUGGAUCCUGACAAUAUCAAGCCUUUUCCUAAACUCCAGUUACGUGUCUCAGAUGGUAAAUUUUCCAGUGUUGCAAAAGUGAAUAUCCGCGUUGAAAAAUCUGAAAACUCUGGCCUAAAUUUCCAGAAAAAUGUUUACACAGGGGCGAUAAUGGAGAAUUCAACCAAAGUGACAACUGUUGCUGUUGUUAAUGUACUAGGAAGUGCCUUGAAUGAACAUGUGAUAUUUAGAAUUCUCAAUCCAACAGACAAGUUUGAAAUUGGAUCCACUUCUGGAGCCAUACGGACUACGGGAGAGAGAUUUGACAGGGAAGUGAAGGACAAAUAUGAAUUGAUUGUUGAGGCCCACAGUGAUGAUGCAAGAGGAGAUCGCCCUAGGGUUGCACAUGUAAUGGUGAAUGUAACAAUCCUAGACAUCAAUGAUAACUGUCCCAUGUUUGUCAACCUUCCAUACUAUGCUGUUGUGUCUGUGGAUGCCCAGAAAGGUGAUGUAAUAACAAAGGUCAGUGCUGUUGAUAUGGACAAGGGUGAGAAUGGAGAAGUACGCUAUGAACUUAUUAAAGGUCAUGGAGAACUGUUCAAAGUGUGCAGGAAAACAGGAGAAGUGACUCUGAAACAGAACCUGGAAGGACACAAUCGGGAAUAUGAGUUGAUUAUAGCAGCAUACGAUGGAGGCAUCAGUGCAUGUUCAACGGAAGUCCCUGUCCAUGUGAAAGUAAUAGAUAAGUCAAUGCCGCUCUUUGACAAGCAGUUCUACACCGAUAGUGUUCUAGAAAACAUCGAGUUGCACUCCCCUCUGUCUGUUAGUAUUCAGGCUGAGUCACCUCUUGGACGCAAACUCAUCUACAGCAUUGUCAAGGGCAAUGAUUUUGAGGAGUUUGCUCUUGACUUCAACACCGCCCCUGACAGUAACAAUGGUCCCUGUGUCAUCUAUGUCGUUGAUGAGCUGGACUACGAACAGAAGCAACAGUAUGAGUUGACAAUCCGGGCGACAGAUGGGGUGUUUCCUGUAUAUGCUGAAGUGCUUGUGAGCAUAUUGGUUCAAGAUGUCAAUGACUGUCCACCAGAAUUCACUCAGGAUGCUUACAAUAUUUCUGUCUCAGAGGCUGCACCAUUUGGAACAUCAGUCCUUAAAGUCAUCAGCCGUGAUAAUGAUACAGGUAUUAACCAGAACGUGCGAUAUGAGAUCCAGACUGAUUCCAGCAACUCUUCUGAAUACUUCCAUAUUGACCCAGAAGAUGGCUCAAUCUAUCUGAAAAGAUCACUUGACCAUGAACUUCAUGAUUCUCAUCACUUCACUGUUGUUGCUAUUGAUGGUGGAGUUCCUAGUCUGUCCAGCACAGCCCAUGUUUGGGUUACAGUUUUGGAUAUGAAUGACAAUCCACCAAAGUUUGAACAGCCAUCAUAUACCUGCUUUCUGUCAGAACAUGCACAGCGAGGUCAGUUUGUGACUCUUGUGACUGCAAGUGACCCUGACUAUGUAGACCAUGAGAGACUGGUCUACACUAUUGUUGGUGGAAAUGAACAGCAGACAUUCUCUAUUGACCAUACCACAGGAAUAAUAUCACUGAUCAAUAUGCAGAACUUUGCAGAGAGGUCAACAAGCCUUCUCAAUGUAUCUGUUACGGAUGGUGUAUACACCAGCUUCACGCGGGUAAAGAUAGAGAUCUUGCCAGCCAAUCGCAACAACCCAGUUUUCCCUCAGCCUCAGAUUGAAGUGAAAGUUGUUGAGAACCAACCCCAUGGUACUUUUGUUACUCAAGUUACAGCCCAUGAUAAGGACUUCCUCAGUUAUGGUGAUGUUAGAUACUCCAUUCCAUCCGAGCUCUUGAGAGAAACUUUCGAGAUAGAUAAAAGAACAGGAGUUAUAGUAACAAAAAAGAAGUUGGAUUGUGAAGCACAGAAACUGUAUGAAAUUCCUGUAAUGGCAACUGAUGGAGGAGGUAGAUCUGGCUUCAUCAUAGUUCGAGUGAAAGUUGCUGAUGAGAAUGAUAAUCCACCAAAAUUUCUGCUUCGAGAAUAUAAAGCCACUAUUCAAAGCAACCUUACUACACACUCAGGAUUUCUCAAGGUUAAAGCAGUAGAUAUUGAUGAUGAUAUGGCAGCUGAGAUAGAAUAUUCCAUUUAUGAGAACCAGUCUUCUGGAGUGAAGGAACUGUUUGGGAUCAGUCGGCAUACAGGAGGAAUCUUUCUGCUCAAAAGUGCAGUUCCUUGGGAGAACCAAGUUUUCCAAUUUUUUGUACGCGCACAAGACCGGGGUUCACCGCCUCUCCACAGCAAUGUUCCAGUGGAUGUGUAUGUGAUGGGAGCCCACGAUGUGGCACCUAUGUUUGAACGCAAAGAUGACAAGUUCUUUUUCUCAGAAAAUUCUCCACCAGGGACAGUUAUAACAAAGUUGAAGAUGGUGACAAACACUUCGGUUCACUACCGAUUAGUGUCCGGCAGUGAGGAGCUUCCGCUCUUCGCAGUGGAUGCUCAGGGACAAUUGUCUUUGGCCCGUACUCUGGAUCGUGAACUACGUGACUCGCAUGUUGUGGCCAUCCUUGCAGAGACAGACUCAAGCCCUCCACUUACUGCCCUUGCUGAAGUCACCUUGAAGGUCCUGGAUGAAAAUGACCAUGCUCCAGAAUUUGAGAGCAGUCCUUAUCGGCUUACAUUAGCAGAGAAUGUUGAGGAAGGUACAUCUAUUCUUAAAGUCAUUGCACAUGACAGAGACCAAGGAAGCAAUGGAGAAGUGCGUUAUGCAUUUGGAUCUGACAUUGGUGAACUAGCAAAUGUGUUUGCAGUGGAUGCCUAUACUGGUUGGAUUACCACAUUAGUACAGUUGGAUAAGGAACAGCAGUCAGAAUUCAUGUUCCAGGUUGUAGCCACUGACAAUGGCAGCCCCAAACACUUUGCUCGCACAACCGUUUAUAUUAAGCUCAUGGACUAUAAUGAUAAUCCACCAGUCUUUACAAACCGACACUACCUCGCUACAGUAAAUGAGGAUGCCCUGCCAGGAACUGUAGUGGUGGCGCUAGACACAAAGGAUCGUGAUGUGGAUCUUGUGUCACCAGUAGAAUUCUAUAUUACUGGUGGGGACCCUAGGUCACAGUUCCAAAUUCGUCAAACUGGUGAAGUAUAUGUGGCAAAGCCCCUGGAUCGGGAAAGUGUAAGCAAUUAUGUUCUAGAUGUCACAGCUACUGAUGGAAAAUUUAUUGCCACUACCAAAGUUACCAUUGAUAUUUUGGAUGCUAAUGAUAAUCCUCCCUACUGUCUGCGGUACCGAUAUCGGGAAGUUCUAUCUGAAGGUAUUCAUGCAGGCAGUUACGUGCUUACUGUCCUAGCAACAGAUAUUGACGAGGAGCCAAAUGCCAACCUACGUUUCUAUCUCACUGGAGAAGGAGCCGAUCACUUUUCUCUUGAUAAAGCUGCAGGACAUCUGAAGACUGUGCGUCCAUUGGAUCGUGAGCAGCAGUCCAAAUUUCAACUGACCGCACAUGUCCAAGACCGUGACAAGCCUGGGUGGGAAUGUUCAUCUCAGCUUGAACUUCUUGUCUCAGAUCUCAAUGACAAUGCCCCGCGUUUCUCUCUGGACUCUUACAGUGCAACAUUACCUGAAGAUGUUCAGGUUGGCAGUCUUGUUACUAAGGUCCAUGCCACUGACCGUGACAUCGGCAUUAAUCGCAAGAUCAAGUACUCAUUUGUGGACUCUGCCAACGGCCACUUCAAGAUAGCACCAGAUAGUGGUAUUGUUACCUUGGCCAAACCUCUGGAUCGUGAGACAAAGGCUGCAUAUAACCUCACAGUGCAAGCAAUGGAUCAGGGAACACCACAGUUAUUUCAAACAGCAGUUCUUACUGUGCUUGUAUUAGAUAUCAAUGAUAACCCGCCUGAAUUUGCAUCCAAGUACUAUUAUGCAAUCGUACCCGAGAUAAAUGCAGUUGGGACAGAAGUUGUCAGAGUGUUGGCAACAUCUAAGGAUACUGGUAUCAAUGCUGAAGUCACAUAUUCUAUUGUUGGUGGGAAUGAACAUAAGAAAUUCCAGAUUCAUCCUAAGUCAGGUGUAAUAAGCAUAGCAGAACAGUUGGACUAUGAGCGUGCUAAGGACUAUUUUCUAACAAUACAAGCUGUUGAUGGAGGGACUCCUCCUUUGAGCAAUCAUGCCACUGUCAACAUUUCAGUCACAGAUAGUAACGAUAAUGCUCCCAUCUUCAAUCAGGCAUCCUACAGUGCUCGUAUUAGGGAGGAUGCCCAGAUAGGAGAUAAAAUUCUACAGGUGUUGGCACAUGACCUUGAUAGUGAUGUAAAUGGGAAAGUAUCCUAUUCCAUUGCAAGAGGAGACAGACAUAAACAGUUCUCUGUUGAUGAGAAAACUGGCUAUAUUGCAGUUGCUGGAAAUUUGGAUCGGGAGAUGGUGUCAAGCUAUGUGUUAGAAGUUCAUGCCCGUGAUAGUGGUAUUCCUGUUCUGUCCAGUUUUGUAAUGGUCAAUAUUGAGAUAUCAGAUGCCAAUGAUAAUCCACCACUGUUCUCUCAGCCAAAUUACACUGCCAUUGUCCAGGAGGACAAACCUCUGGGCUACACUGUACUUAAGUUCUUAAUAACAGAUGCUGAUACAUCUCCAAAUGCUGCCCCAUAUACUUUUGAUAUUCGUUCAGGCAAUGAGGGUGGUGCCUUCCGGCUGGAACAGGAUGGAAUUUUGCGAACAGCAAUGAGAUUCAACCACAAGUUCAAAGAAAACUAUUUGUUGCACAUUCGGGUGUUUGACAAUGGAACACCUCCUCUGUACUCUGAUACAUAUGUUGUUGUCAAGGUAAUUGAAGAAUCACAGUAUCCUCCGGUCAUAACACCAUUAGAAAUAUCAGUGAACUCCUACCUAGAUGAAUUUCCUGGGGGCAUUAUAGGGAAGAUCCAUGCUUCUGAUCAGGACCAGUAUGACACACUGACAUUUGGGCUAGCUGACACAGCAACUGGAAGUGCUAGUACUGUAGUACUCAACCCAGCAUCAGAACUAUUUGAAAUUGAUCGGACUGAUGGAACUCUUGUGGCCCUACCUCGAUUGGAUGUUGGUGAAUAUCGUGUCAAUGUGACUGUCUCAGAUGGCAAAUUCACAUCUCACAGUAUCAUUAAAGUCUCAGUGGAGUUAGUAUCAGAAGAAAUGCUACACCAUGCAGUAAUUGUACGUUUCAGGGAUGUUAGUCCUUCAGAGUUUGUCCUCAGUCAUCGUAAGGGUUUCGUUAGGGCAGUGAGGAAUGCCUUAGGGGCACGUGUGAAAGACGUUGUCAUUAUCAGCGUCCAGCCAAGUGGACUUUCAGCACCACAGAAGGUUAGGUCCAAGCGACAAGCAGCUAGCCGUGAUUUGGAUGUUCUCUUCGCAGUGCGGAAACCUCAGCAGCCAAUGGCACCAAGUUUAAGCUUUCAUUCAGCUGAUGCCAUUCGUAAAGCUCUUACCCAACAUCUGGAAGCUUUGGAGCAGUCGACUGGACUUAUUGUUGAGGAGAUAAUUCGCGAGAAAUGCACUACUAAAUACUGUACAUAUGGUGAAUGCAGGGACCGUAUUGAACUUGACACCACAGUUGCUGCUACACCCAUUGCUACGGAUGUGACCAGUUUCGUGUCACCACGACAUCAGCAUCACGUUCUGUGUGACUGUAAGGAGGGAUAUGCAGGAGAACAGUGUGAAAUCAUUGUAAAUGAGUGCGCCCGUCAACCAUGCCCAGCAUUCAAAGUCUGCAUACCUGAUGCUUCAGUCCAGGGCUACUCGUGUCAGUGUCCUGAGGGAUUUGCAGGGACUACUUGCAGCAUUGAUAUUUCUAAGUGCCAUGAUGAGUCGUGCUACAUACCUCGUAACCCAGUUUCCUUUACUGGAAAGAGUUAUGCUCAAUACCGGGUUGACAAGUCUCUUGUGAAGAAGACUCUUGAGGAUCAGCUGAGUCUAUCACUCCGGAUCCGUACCAUGCAACCCACAGGAAAUCUCAUGUAUGCAGCAGGAAAAGUUGACUAUAAUGUCCUAGAGGUCGUAAAUGGUGUGGUGCAGUAUCGGUUUGACUUGGGCAGUGGUGAGGGGAUGGUGCGUGUGAGCAGUAUCUAUGUGAGUGAUGGGCAGUGGCAUGAGAUACGUCUGGAGCGGGAGAGUAACACAGCCCGUGUCACUGUAGAUGGCAAACAUGUAGCCCAUGGUUCUGCCCCUGGAGUAAAUGAUGUAUUGAACCUUCAGUCAGAUGACCUCUAUCUGGGUGCUGAAGUUCGGCAGCACCCAACCAUAUUGGGUUUUGAGGAUGUUCAGCGAGGUUUCCGUGGUUGUAUGGAUGAUGUUCGUGUUGCAAGAGUUUCAGUGCCAUUGCAUAUGAGCGGUGCAAGUAGUGUUGCAGUAUUACGUCGCUUUGCGAAUGUGGAAUUCAGUUGUGACCCUGCAACGGCACUUGCCCCACCUGGUGUAUGUGGAUCACAACCUUGUUUGAAUGGUGGGACAUGCAUUGAUAUUGGUGGCGAUUUGUUUGAAUGCCAAUGUCAUGCCCGAUUUUCUGGAACUUUAUGUGAGAUAGACACUGAUCCUUGCGCAUCAUCGCCAUGUCUGUAUGGAGGAAGAUGCCAAGCAGCAAGUGGUGAUUUCUCUUGUGAAUGUCCACCUCGAUUGGUGGGAAAACGGUGUGAGUAUGGACGUUAUUGUAGUCCCAAUCCUUGUCGCCAUGGUGGAGUCUGUGAAGAAGGUGAUGUUGGACCUAUCUGCAAAUGUCGAGGCUUUACUGGAGAGCUGUGUGCUGUGGAUAUGAAUGAAUGUGAAGCCUCUCCGUGCAUUAAUGGUGGCACCUGCAUCAAUGAACCUGGCAGCUAUCGGUGUGUAUGCCCUCCCAAUGUGACAGGGCUACACUGCUCAAGUCCACUGUAUUCCACACCAAUCACAUCUAGCAUCUACAAUGUAACAUGGGAAGAGGUAGUGGGCAUUAUAGGAGCUGUCUUGUUCCUAUGUUUUUUGGUCCUCUUGUUUGUGAUGUAUCGUCGCUUUCGUGUGAAACGUUCACGAGAAAGAGCCAACAACAUCAACAAUGAAACCCGGAAAGAUAUCAUGCUCAACUCUACACGUCCGAAUGACAAUGACUUCAAGCGUGGUUCAAAGUUGAGCAAUCUGGAAGUCAGUCAGGUUCCCCCCCAGUGUCCACCCCGCCCUGCUUCCUACACCCCUAGCUCUAACAACGAGCCCACCCCUUACAGCCAUUCGGCUGCAGCAGUGCUCAACAAUCUGGACACUUUGCGGAGCUAUGGCUCAGCAGGCGACGAGCUCGAGAAUGUUCCCCCUGACUAUCUACGUAACUUGAAUCGGAGCCCACCCAUAGUGCCACCUGCUCCUUCAUCCUUACCCCCUCCCACCUCAGCCACCAGUGAUUCGGACAGCAUCCACAAACCUUCCUGGGCUGACAACACUACCGACCUCAAUCACAUGGGUACCUAUUCUGACUCCAGUAAGAUCAAGAAUGACUUGAAACAUCCAGUUGUUAUGGAUUUGUCAUCAAGAGGAAUGAUCCUACCAACUGGCAGACUAGGUCGAGGGACUCUGCAGGGAGGGGGCACUUCUGUCACCUCCACUAGUUCUCUGGACGAUGAUCCUCGUCUUGUGGGUGGUUACCAUUGGGACUGUUCAGAUUGGGUGAACAGAAGUCAGAACCCUCUCCCAAACAUCACUGAGGUGCCAGGCAGUGAGGUGCCAGAUUCUUCAAGUUUCCACAGCAAUGAGAGUAAUGAGUCAAACACACAUCAGGGCAAUAUGACCCUCCCACCAGUGAUUGGACCUGUGGACCCAGCACGGGACAUCGAGACACUAAAUGAAGAUCAAGAAUCAGAGUAUGUUGGUGACUCGGAAUGUGGCACUGAAUAUGGUGAGGGAGGUGGGAGCCCAAGUCUUCUGCAUCAUCUGCAUCACAACAAUCUCCUUGAUGGUGGGGAAAGUGGUAGUGAGCAGGAGUUCCAUUUCCCUUCAGCUGGCAGCUAUUUACGUCACCCCAACACCUACCUUCCACGCUACAACAUCCACAGUGAAACAGAGACCAAUGGUGAUCAUGAAGACUCCGAUGAUGACGAAGAUGAUGUUGAACCUUAUGGAUUCCCAAGUAGCCGACGGCAUCACCAUGAUGAUGAAGAUAGCUCUGUCAUUACAGUUUUAGGAGAAAGAGCCUCUCUACUUGGAGGUUGUACCAGCAAUAGUGACCUCUCAGCUAAUCUCUGUGAUCUGGAUGAUUCAGAAUGCGAGGGCUCUGAACUGAAGAAGCUGAACCAUCGGCGAAACUGGGUACCAACAGGAAUUACACAGACCUCAGUGUGACAGGAGGUCUCUCACCAGAAACCAUCUAUUCUGGUAAUAGGUGACUUUUGACCCAAGCAUAUCACAUUGCAUGAUUUCACCACCAGCCCUAUGUAGUUACUGCUGGAUGCUGUUGGAAACAAACGUAUGAUGAUGAUUGUGAUGACAGUAAAUGAUUCUAUCAUUCUGAAGUAUUAUAACACCAUUUAGGAUGUCAAAAAGAAAUGAAGUAUGUAGGGCUUAUGAGGUUCUUACAGGAUUGCUAAGAAUUUUAGAUAGACGAGUUUUCAUUAUGGAAAAUGACAAUAAAAAGUAUUUUUUGGAAGGUCUUCAGUGACAUGUGCAGUGCUUGGCAGUUCGAGCAAGCAGAAUUGUAGCAGAACUUUUAUACAGUGAUCAAAAUAAACUGAAUUGUGCCAUGUAUUUAUGAGUGUCUCCAAGGGCUAAAGACAUUGGGUUAUAAACACUGGCCAUUCCCAUGCUCUACCCUGAAACAUAGCCAAUGCAUUUUUCGUAUGGAUUAGUGCCAUACUCCGAUAUUAACUAAGUACAUUGUGUUACUUUAAAAAAAUCUCAGUCAGUACAGAAAAUAUCUUAUUUUAAGAGUCAUAUAAUUUUAUUUCUUGAUUGAAGUGCUACAAUAUGCAAUUUAUAUGCAAAUUUAUUUGUGUGAAAUAUUUUAUCUGGCACCUCGUGUUGAUAGUGAAACAAAACGUAACUGUGGUAUGUAUAUUAUCUUGUACAGUGCUUUGGUGCAGCUAAGGAAGUUAAUUACAUUAUUAUUAUUAUUAUUAUUAUUUAAUGCUGUAUUUUUUUUAUCAUUUUAGUUUAAAAACAAAUAUAAAGUUUCCCAAUCAUGGCCUGUCACCAGUCUUCUUUAUAUGAUCGACACUGUACAUGCUGAGCAUGAAGUUAACCUGAAGACUGAACUUCUUACGAUUUUGUAUCCUGGAAAGUUAAGGAAAAGUGAAACCCUGUUUCUCCAAGUGCUACGAGCUCUGUGCAGAAAUGCAAGCACAGAGCAUAAAACUAUAUCUUAACUGUGAUCAUGGACCAUGCCUCUUGCCAGAAACUCAUAAUUCACAUGAAAUCAAAUGAGUUUUGAGUUGUUUUGGUGCUAAAGUUAAAAGAAAAAAAAGGUGUUUGUUUACACAAGACUGCAGGAAUAAGGUGAAUGUAGAAUGAAUUUAGAUUUUAGUUGCAUUCAAUGCAGAUCUCCUGUGUAAAUGAAUAAUUGCUUGAAAUUUGAUACAGAUUCUGAAUUCAAAAUGAAGUUCUAAAGCUACUUUUGCAGAGAACGUAAGGAACUUACCUUGGUCAUGUCUCUCCAUUCCCCUCCCCUCCCUCUCGUUUGCUAGAAGGUAAUAGUUUUGAUGUCCUCUGGUCCAGCCACAUUGAUGCCUUACACAAUGUAUGAAUGGGAACCAAAAUGUUCCACCCUGCUCAUGUUCAGGAACUGCUAUAUCAGGCUAGAGGCCAUUGAAACAAGUUGAUACAUGUACUGUAUUUAUUUAUCCAUAUGCCUUCUGUUUUUUCUGUCUCAUCAUUUAUACCGAUAUGUUGAUCUUCAUUCAUUGUACUUGAGAGUUAAUAAUGACCACUGAGCCUUGUGUCAAGGGAACAAUUGCUUUCAUUGAAAAGUAUGUACUUGUGGAAAAAUAUAUUAUGGCUGUUUUAAAGUCAUAUGCUUAACUGUAUGCGUCAUUACAUACAUGACAGUAUGUUAAUAUGAUGGCUUCUAGCAUGAUUCUGUAUGAAUUCAUUAAAUUGUACUGCAUGAAUUUGGUUAUUUGAAACUUGUAUGUUUUAUGUUCAUGCUUAUGACUAUAACAGAGCAUUUAAAGGAUUAAAUAACCAGUUGUUCCCAAGUAAGUGUGAACGUGACUACAGAUAUAUGUUUUUUCACACAGCUGCAGUACCUGUUUGUACAUGCUGGAAGAUUGAUAUAACAACUUCAAACUGGUAAUGGCCUUCUCUUUCAGAUUUUGAUCUUUUGAGUUAUGGCAUUAUGUAGCCUGAUAAAUGAUUACCAAUGUUUUGGGAGAACCUGCUGACUCCAUAUUCAUAAUAGAUAUACCAUGAAGAUGGAGGCAGUAGACUUCAAAACCAGACCACAUGGUGUCUUAACCCGAUGGUCUGAAAUCAUCACUGCCAUGAAAACCUCAGAUCACAUGGCCUUUUCUGCUUUUCAUCAGAUUUUAAUCUCUUGUUUUGCCAAACAAGCUCUGCACACUCAGUUUAGUAUAUGUUUCACUGUGCAGAGAUUAUGUUAAGCUUCUUUUUUUCCUGUAAAUAUAGUUCUCUGAACCAAGUAAUGUGCUAUGACUGUCAGAGAGGAAUAUCUGGCUCUAGAAGUUGAAGUUUUUCUACAUUGGCAUUUAGUUACUGAAGCCACAUAUUGGACAGAUACGUGCAUUACAUGGAGAACUCAGGAACUGUAAUUGUAAUAUCUGUGACUUGGGUUGGGUGAAUAUUUCACUUAAUUUUUGUGGGCAGUUAUGAGUACAUUUAUGUGCGCUUGGUCUUUCAUCAGGAAAAUUUCUGUUGCAAGUCUAAGAAACUCUAAAAUUCAAGUUUCUUGUGUAUAGACAAGUCCCUGACUUUGACUCUGAUGAUUAUUAUCUAGUUAAGAUGAACAGAAUCCCACAGGGGACCAUGCUUGUUGCAGCCAUUAGUAUUUGUCAAAUGUUACAGAUGCUUCUGAAGUCAUAGAGGAGCUCAGAGAGUUAGAAGUUGCAGAUGUUUGAGUUCAGAAGUUCUGGGUUGCAUAGAAAUUAUAUUUUUAUGAAUUCCUAAGCUGUAGAAGCAAUUAAAGAUCUUGCUGGAUUAUUGUCUAUGAGAAGUUGGCAGCAGCCAUCAGACUAUAACAGUUGUUGACAAACAGUGCUUAACAAAUUGAUGGCCACAUGUCAAAACAAAUGUUUAGUAUUUUAUGGUACAGUUAAGUGUAAAGAAACUGGAAUUUUACUUUGCUACUGUUGACAGAAAAAACUCCACAUCUAUUUUCUUGCUCUUGCAGACUUAUGCUUUAUACAUGGUAACCUGUUCAGCCUUACCAUUUAUGUGAACUGUUAGAUAAUUCUGAAAUUCUGUACCAUAUGAUUAGUGCAAUUCUAAUACAGAGUAUUCUGUCUGUACUAAGUUUAAUAGAGUGUAAAACAUGGCUCAGUGGUUGUCGUGCUGUAUAUAUACAUUGUGAUAUGGACCAGACUCAGGAAGAGGCAGCCCCUCACUUAGGUGUGUGCAGCAGUUUCUAAAAAGAGUGAUCUGUGAACACUCAAGCUACAUAUCUUGCAUGGUCCUCUUAAUAUUUACCCAUACUGGGUUAUAUAACUGAAUAAAUACAACUUCUUCAUCGACCAGCCUAAAAUUUGCUUACUUUAUCUUCUGUCAAUUUUAGGCUACGUGUGUGUAUAUAUAUACUAAGUGGAAUUCCAUUUCAAAACAAGAAAGUUGAGUGCUUUUUAAACAUUUGUACAUAAAAGUGUGUUGAUAAUAUAUUAUUGUAUUUUGAAGUA